GCUUCGCGCGCCCUCACGUCCCUCAGGACUCCCUCGGCUCACCCGUGGCCUCAUCACUUCUAAUUUGCUUCGGACGGCCCUGCGAUAAAAGUGGCUCUCCUCACCAGGCUCGCCUUAUUAGUCGGGAUCGCUUUUGCUCGCCCCAAUAAGCUAGUAGAUUUUAAAAAAUCAAUUAUUGACUGUAUCUGCUGUCCAAAAUGGGCAUAAGUUCAUCAAGAUGCUAUUUAGUAGAAGUAGAUGAAUUGAAAAAAAAGAUCCAAGAAUUACAUGUCGGUGCUUUAAGAAAAAUUGAUGAUUCUCAUAAGAAACAUGUCAAAGGAGGAGUUACAUGCAUAAAUGAUGAAAGAUUGCAGCUAUUUCUCCAUCAAAUUGAGAAUAAGAUGUUACUAGUAGCUGUUGUGGGGGAAGGCAGUUGUGGCAAGAGUACUCUUAUCAAUGCCUUUUUAAGAGACAAAAUCUUAACAUCAGGAAUUGGAAAAGUUACUUGUUUCAGGAUAUUUAUUGGACAUGAUCCAAAUGUUCAUAAAACUCCUUGUCCAAACUUCCCUAAAGGGUAUUGUAAUAAAUGUCCAUACUUGGUCAAAGGGAUUGACCAAAGAAAAGAUAUAUUUUGCCGUGGAGCAAAAGACAUUGCUUCAAAAAUAGCAGAAAAUAACAAGCUAGAUGAGAAGGAUCAGAUAGACCUUGUUCUUUAUACUUACAUUCCUUUAUUUGAAUCAUUGGACACUUCGACUCUCCACUUUACGCCUUACCUUGUGGACUAUCCUGGAGUUGAAGAUUUGAAAGAUUACGUUCAGUUUAGGAUAGUGUCUGCUAUGAUUUAUGUUGAGAAUUAUGAAAGACUGUUACAAAAUGAAAAAAAAAUUAAAGAACACUUACAUUGCAAGCCAGAAGAUGCAUCAAAGUUUUUCACUGUGAGCCAUUUUGACAAAUACUACACAUCACAUGCCGAUGAAGAAAAUCCUGGAACAGAGGAGACUAAAGCUAUAGUUGCACGUAAUAUUGAGCUCGUUAAACGUGAAGAAGUAUUUCCUGUUUGUGGUAAGUGGGCUCUACGUGCACACCUUGCAAUGAAGUAUAAGGAAAGAGAUGAGAUUUCAUGUGACGCUGUUAAGGAGGCUUGCAUAUUAUGUAAAAAAGUACAACCUAAAUCGACGCUUUCUGAUUCAAUAGUUGAAAAAGCUUCACACAUUUUAAAUGUUUCAGCAUUUGAGGAAUUAGAAAAAAAAUUAAAAUGUUCAAUUGAUCAAACUGAUUUCCAGCAGUGGAAUAUUACAGUGUAUCAACAAUGUUGUGCACUUUUAGAAGGCCCUAUUCAAGCAGGAGAUAAUGCUUUACAGAUUAUUGAGUCUAAAAUAAAAAGUAGUAGAAAAAAUAAGCGGGAAAUAUUGGUUAAAAUUCAAACUUUAGAGACUAUGGAAGAAGCUGUUAAAAAAUGCACUUUAGAAGAAUUGGAAUUAGAUUCACACCCAAAUUUGACUAAUUUUCUUACAAAAAGAAUACAUAAAAAAAUUGAAGGAAGACUAAAGUCAUUUUAUACAAGCUGUAUAGAUAGUGUUAAAUCUGGUAACUACACAUUUGGACAAUUUAUGGGAGACAGGAAUGUGUUUAUUGAGCAGGACCUUUCCAUUGUGAUUAUGGAAGAGUUGAACAAAGAAGCAAAGAAGCAUAUUGAAGCUGUAAAAUCCAGGCUUCGAGAAAAAUAUAAUGGAUUGGCAAGGCACAUACUGGGUGAUGAUCCUCACAGCACAGCUUUUGAUGUGGAAGUUGAAGCCCAAGAAGUUAAUAGCUGUUUUACUGGUGAGCCUUCUGAAGGCAUAAAGGGUUUUGUCAGUUAUAAAGCUCGAGUAAAAAAGUGGUGGAAUAUUGGAUGGGGAAUAGCUAGUGGAGUGAGUGGUUUUGGAUUGCCAGGCAUUCUGGUUACGAUGGGAUUAGCAGUUUUAUCGACACCAGUUUUAAUCUCAUCAGCAGCAAUUGUUGCUGGGCUGGGUGGAUCCGCUUUACUCAUUAAAAAAGGAUUCAACAGUACAGAUCAGAAUACAGAACUGAGUGAAGAUGAAGUCAAGCAACUGUGUGACAAAACAAAUUCUGGGAUUAAAAAUUCUGCAACCACAAUAAGACAAGAAUUUGAGAAAGCUGUAACAAGUACAUUGAGUGAAUACAAUGAAUCACUGAAGGCUGAAUAUGAUAGCAAAUGGAAACCAAAACUCAAAGAAGACUUUGACAAAACUGUGAAUUUCUUAGUAAUCAUGGGUGAAGAAAAGAGUGAGUUGAAACAAGCACUUGAUGAACUUAAGGAGUAUUGCAGUACUCUUCAAUGUUUAACUGAUGAAAGCAAUAAACCUAAAGAUGAAGAUUUUAUUAUGAUCACUGACUGAUUCUGACCUGUGUACUUAUAGUAGUUAUGCUUCAGUUUUUAAAAUAAUAUUUGAAUCAUACAAUUUUGUCAGUA